UACUAAUAAAAUUCUGUUGAAAAGAAACAAAAAAGAAUGAGUGAAUCAUCUCCAAGCUGGAAGGAAAAACAUGGAGCAUUCAAAACAGGACAGCAGGUUGUAAAAGAUACGCCAGAAGUAGUAAAUGAUAAGGAGAACAUUACUUCUGUUGAUGUUCAAAAGUCGGGGAGCCAAUUAGAAGGGAAGGAUGUGUUUCAUAAUUUGAUUGUCGGAAAUAAUGAUGAUGACAAUAUCCUAAAGAGACUUAGACACCGAUUUGAUCGGAUGGGCGUUGAAUUACCAAAAAUUGAAAUUCGAUACGAGCAUUUAUCAGUGGAAGGUGACGUGCAUGUCGGAAGUAGAGCUCUACCGACCUUAUUUAAUGCUACCAUCAACUCUAUAGAGACGAUUCUUAGGGUGGCAGGACUUGCCUCAUCAAAGAAGAGGAAAGUAAAGAUACUUCACAAUGUUAGUGGCAUACUAAGACCCUCCAGGAUGACAUUGCUUUUGGGGCCUCCUAGUUCAGGAAAAACAACACUGUUAUUAGCUCUUGCAGGAAAGCUUGAUGAAAGUGAUGUAAAGGUAACUGGAAAUAUCACAUAUUGUGGCCAUGAGCUGAAUGAAUUUGUUAUUAAGAAGACGUGUGCAUAUGUUAGUCAAAAUAAUCUUCACCAUGGAGAGAUGACAGUACGAGAGACACUAGAUUUUGCAAGUCGAUGCUUAGGGGUAGGGACUAAGUAUGAGCUACUAGAACAACUCUUAGAACGUGAAAAACAAGCAGGAAUUAAGCCAGAUCCCGAAAUCGAUGCUUAUAUGAAGGGAGUAGCUCUAAAUAGUACUCAUGAAACAAGCCUUGUGAUUGAAUAUGUACUCAAGAUACUUGGCUUAGACAUAUGUGCUAAUACCAUUGUGGGUGAUGAUAUGAGACGAGGCAUUUCUGGCGGUGAAAUAAAGCGUCUUACUAUUGGUGAAGUUUUGGUCGGACCUGCAAAAGUUCUUAUGAUGGAUGAAAUAUCCACUGGGUUGGAUAGUGCAACGACGUUCCAUAUAUGCAAGUACAUAAGUGAAUUGGUUCACACAAUGGACAUGACAACAGUUAUCUCUUUGUUGCAACCUACUCCUCAAGUAUAUGAACUCUUCGACGAUAUUAUCCUCCUCUCAGAAGGUGAAAUUGUGUACCAAGGUCCACGUGACUAUGUCCUUGACUUCUUUGAAUUUGUUGGCUUCAAAUGUCCAAAAAGGAAAGAAGUUGCAAAUUUUCUUCAAGAAGUAACCUCUAGAAAGGACCAAAGACAAUACUGGUCCAAGGACCAAAUUUACACAUAUGUUUCGGUCCCUGAACUCGUUCAAGCUUUCGAAACAUUUGAAGUUGGAGAAAAGCUUGCAUCUGAGCUCAGAGUUCCUUAUCUUAAAGCUAAAACUCACCCUUUAGCUUUGGCAAAAGAUAAUUAUAGUAUCUCUAAUAAGGAACUACUCAAGGCAUGUUUCUCAAGGGAAUGGUUGCUAAUGAAGCGGAAUUCUUUCUUUUACAUCUUUAAAAGUGUACAUGUAGUAAUAUUGUCAAUAGUUACCAUGACCGCGUUCUUCAGGACAACAAUGCACCAUGAGACUGUGGAAGAUGGUAUGAAGUACUUAUCAGCUAUAUUUAUGAGCAUGUCAAACUUUGUGUUGAAUGGAAUGGCAGAAACUACAAUAACAGUUAUGGGGCUCCCCACUUUCUAUAGGCAAAGGGAUUCCUUAUUUUACCCUACAUGGGCUUAUGCUCUACCAAUUUGGGUGCUUCGUAUUCCUGUGUCAUGCUUUGAAUCAGCAUUAUGGACUAUUCUUACAUAUUACACCAUUGGAUAUGCUCCGGGUGCUAGCAGGUUCUUUUCUCAGUGGCUUGCUUACUUCUCUAUUCAUCAAAUGGCUUUGUCAUUCUUUCGCUCUAUUAGUGCCUUGGGAAGAACCAUUGUGAUUGCUACUACAAUUUGUAUGAUUCUAUUAUUGUUCUUUUUUGUCCUCAGUGGUUUUAUCAUUGCAAAAGGUGAUGUUAGCCCUUGGAUGAUAUGGGCCUACUAUCUCUCCCCCAUGAUGUAUGGACAACAUGCUUUGAUUAUUAAUGAAUUUCUUGACAAAAGAUGGAACAUUCCAAAUGAAGACCUUAGAUUCAAAGAACCAACUAUUGGUAAAGUCAUCCUUACAUCAAGAGACCUUUUCACGGAACCACAAUGGUUUUGGAUAAGUAUCGGAGCUCUAACGGGAUUUUCUUUUCUCUCCAACCUCAUAUAUGUUGUGGCAUUGAGAUACUUAAAUCCUCUUAUUCAAUCAAAAGCUAUAGCACAAAACCACGGCGAAGUUCCAUUGCACAUGACAUCUUUUGGGGAGGAAUUGGAUAGCACAAAUUUUGUCAUACCAAAUGAACCAAUGUCUAACAAUUCAGUUAUGAUGAAAGCUAAUCGAGGAAUGAUCUUGGCUUUCCGUCCUCUUUCAAUAGCAUUCAACCAUAUAAAUUACUAUGUGGACACCCCAUCGGAGAUGAAAAGUUUGGGUUAUGAAGGAGAUCGCUUGCGAUUACUACGAGAUGUGAGCGGCGCUUUUAGGCCUGGAAUACUAACAGCAUUGGUAGGUGUAACUGGCGCGGGAAAAACCACAUUAAUCGACGUGCUCGCAGGAAAAAAGACUCGAGGAUAUAUUGAAGGUAGCAUUAGUGUAUCUGGUCACCCGAAGAAUCAGACUACUUUUGCAAGGAUAAGUGGUUACUGUGAACAGAUUGACAUCCAUUCACCGCAUCUCACUAUCUAUGAAUCCCUUCUAUACUCUGCCUGGCUUCGUUUGCCCUCAAACAUCGAUCAAAAAACACGAACGAUAUUUAUUGAAGAAGUAAUGAGAUUAAUUGAACUCGAACCAAUAAGCGAUGCCAUCGUUGGUCUACCGGGGACAAACGGUCUCUCAAUUGAGCAAAGGAAGAGAUUGACCAUAGCAGUAGAGUUAGUUGCUAAUCCUUCCAUUAUUUUCAUGGAUGAACCAACAUCCGGGCUUGAUGCUAGAGCUGCAGCUAUUGUCAUGCGCACUAUGAAAAAUAUUGUUAAUACCGGAAGAACUGUUGUUUGUACGAUUCAUCAACCUAGUAUGGAUAUCUUUGAGGCUUUUGACGAGCUCAUGUUGAUGAAGAGAGGAGGACAAAUUAUCUACGCAGGCCCUCUUGGUGAUCGAUCUUAUAAGCUCAUUGAAUACUUUGAAGCUAUCCAUGGAGUUCCGAAAAUUAGAGAAGGUUAUAAUCCUGCCACAUGGAUGCUUGAAGUUACUAGCCCUCAAGCAGAAUCUCAAAUGGAAUUGGAUUAUGCAAAAAUUUAUGAAAAAUCUGAACUUUACCAAAGGAACCAAGAUAUCAUAAGAGAGCUUAGUACUCCGGCACCGGAUUCAAAGGAUCUCUACUUUAAAACCAAAUACUCCCAGCCAUUCCUUGUUCAAUUUAAAGCUUGUUUAUGGAAACAAUACAGAUCUUAUUGGCAAAAUCCAACAUAUACAGGCGUUCGCUUUUUUAUGGCGAUAUUAAUGGGUGCUUUAGUUGGUCUUAUAUUUUGGAACAAGGGAGGUAAAUUAACAACACUUCAAGACAUGAUGAAUCUAUUAGGGGUAAUAUAUGCUCCUAUCAUGUUUCUGGGUGCAAGCAAUGCUUUGAAUGUCCAAAUAGUUGUUGCUACAGAGAGAACUGUCUUUUAUCGUGAAAGGGCUGCAAUAAUGUAUUCAACUCUACCAUUUGCAUUGGCUCAGCUGGUUAUUGAGACUAUCUAUCUUGCAAUUGUAAAUUUGCUUUAUGUUCUUCUUCUAUAUUCCAUGAUCGGAUAUGAGUGGACCAUUGGGAAAUUCUUAUACUUCUACUACUUCAUAUUCAUGUGCUUCACAUAUCACACAGCGUUAGGAAUGAUGCUUGUUUCACUAACACCGCGCCACGAAAUUGCAUCGGUUUUCAUGACAUUGUUUGCUACCUUCUGGAAUCUUUUUGCUGGAUUUUUCCUCCCAAGACCGCAAAUUCCAAUUUGGUGGAGGUGGUCCUAUUGGACUUCCCCUGUUGCUUGGACAAUGUAUGGACUGGUCACUUCGCAAGUAGGUGAUAAGAGCUCUCUUAUUGAGAUACCUGGAAUCAGUAGUGUGCCAGUGAAUAUUUUUCUCAAAGAGCUUUUAGGCUAUGAAUAUGAUUUCUUGCCUGUUGUUGUGGUGGCACAUCUUGCUUGGGUCCUCCUUUUCUUCAUGGUUUUCGCCUACAGUAUCAAGUUCUUCAACUUUCAAAAGAGAUGAUUCAUACUUGAUGUUAGCAUAUGGAGUUGUAACUGAUAAAAGAUAUGUACAUUCUCUUCCUAGGUUUAGGAUAGAAAAAUAAUAAACAUAUUUUAUUUGUUAGAUAUCUUCACACAGAUCUUCUUAAUUUCCUAAUAUGAUUAGAACUAUCAUUGUAACUCUAUAAAUUUGAACAAUGGAAUACAAUAGAGCAUGAAGUUUAUAUUA